GUUCAGCACCGCUCCCCUCCCCAGCCAGCCCAUCAUGGUGGCAGCUCAUGGCCUCCAUGAGGAGGUGCGGCAAUGGAGCAGCCGUGACAACGACAUCAUCGCAGCAGCUAAGCGCAUGGCGCUGCUCAUGGCGCGCCUGUCCCAGCUGGUGCGCGGCGAGGGCGGCACUAAGAAGGACCUUAUUGCGUGCGCCAAGAGCAUUGCUGAGGCCUCUGAGGACGUGACAAGGCUUGCCAAGGACUUGGCUAGGGAGUGCACUGACAAGCGCAUGCGUACAAACCUGCUGCAGGUGUGUGAGCGCAUCCCUACCAUAGGCACGCAGCUCAAGAUCUUGUCUACCGUCAAGGCCACCAUGCUGGGGGCGCAAGAGCGGUUCCCGCGCCGUGACGCAGAAAUGGGUAAAUUCAAGCACAGUUUGCACACUUAUAACGAUGAGUUGAUUCUCUCACAGGACUGAGUUAUGACACGACUGACUUUUUGGUGUGUGCGUUCAUUUAACUCACAUGCAUUCA